AUGAAUUAUAGACAUCAUAGUGGACAAUAUUUUCGUCAAUGGCGAGAUAAUCUUCAAGAAGAAAAAGAUGAUCGUCAAUUAACACAAUAUGCUAUUGAUCAUUAUAAUCGUUCAUUAAAACGUAAAAUUCUUCUUACUUGGAAUAAUGAUAUGAUUCAACAAGUUUUAAUUGAUAAUGAAAAUGAAAUGAAAUUAAAUAAAUAUCGACAAGAAAAAAAUUAUUUUUAUUCACAAAUUAUUUAUAAUAAAUGGAAACAAAAAUCAAAUGAACAUUUACGUAAUCGAUUUCUUUUACAACGUUCACAAAUAUUUUAUGAAAAAAAUUUAUUAAAAAAAAUUUUUUCUCAAUGGAAAGAACAACAUCAUUUUGAUAUGCGUAUUAAAUUACUCCAACGACAAGCUAUUUGGUUUGAUCGAAUGCGUUUAAUAAGUCGAAUUUAUCUUCAAUGGAAACAAAGAUGGCAAUCUGAACAAAAAUUAAACGAAGAAAAACAUCGUGCCUUACUUUUUUGGGCUUUACAAUUACAAAAAAAAUGUUUUGUAAAAUGGUUAAUUUAUAUAAGUAGUCGUAAAAGAAAAAAACUUCGUUAUCAUGAAGCAACACAUCAACGACAUGAUGAACUUAUACGUAAUAGUUUACGUCAAUUUCUUAUCUAUACAGAUCAUACAAGACAAAGACGUCAAGCUUUAUUUAUUCAUCAACAAGUUUAUUUAUAUCAUGAUCGAAAUGCAUUAGCUUCGAAAUAUGUUUCCAAAUGGCGUACAUUUGUUAAAGAAUCAAUUGCACGUAAACAAUUAACACAACGUUUAAUACAAAGAAAUACAAAUAUUGUACCAAUAAUAAAUAAUCCACUUGAUCUUGUUAAAUUUGAUAAUAGUCCACCAAAAAUAACGAAUCGACCACGACCACGAAAACCUGCAUUUUUAUCUGAAUCAUUUUCCACUACAGCCAUAGACAAAACAGAAUCUGAAAUACCAACAAUUAACAUUCGAACAUCACCAUCAUCUCCAAAAAUUGAUCAUUCAUUACAUUCACCAUUUAUUAGUAUUAAAAAAUCAACACAUAUUCGACAAGAUUUAUCAUCAUCACCACCGCCACCACCACCACCACCAAUACUUCUUCCACCAUCUGCAUUUCAAAUAAAUUCAAAUGAAAUAAAAAUGCCAUUAUCAUCUCGACAAAUAAUUGAUAAUAAAAUUCAAAUAUCUCAUCGAUCAUAUUCAACACAACCAUCAACAAAUAUUUUUAUUAAUAAAGAUAAUUUACUUAAUGUUAAACAACGUUUAGAGAUUUAUCUUAAUAAUAAAGCAAAACUUAAACGUCUUCGACAACAAUUAGCAAAUUUAUCUCCAUCACAAAUUGAUAAACAACUUGAACAGGAAUGUCAACAAUUAACUGCAUUUAUUGCUUCAGAAAAAAUUCAUUUGACUAGUAUAUUACAAAAUUUAUAA